UGAUGAUGUCCCAAACAAAUAAACCAUACCAUACCAGGUCGUGGGGAAAUACCCAAAUUAUGCCCAAAUGCGAUAUUUCCCAGUAGGUUGUUUGAAAAAACUAAUAGUUAAAUACCUUAUACAAAUAUAUUACAUGGGCAAGCACGGUGGCCUAGUGGUUAGCACGUCCGCCUCGUAGUCAGGACAUCCGGUCUCUGUUGGAAUAUGGAGUUUGCAUCUCCAAAACAUUGAUAUUAGGCUAAUUUGAGACUUUAAAUCAGGGUGCCACAUACUGAAAACACAAAGGAUUGAUUAGUGAUGUGUGGGGGUUGAUACUGAAAUAUAUCGAUACUUCCGAUACCAGCUCUUCACGCUGUACAAUGGAUACUCAAAUCCAAAUAUCUCUACUCCUGAUACUUAAGUCGUUUGAGGUCAUGCUGUCUGAAACUUUUUUUUGUUGAAACGAUGAUCGAUUGUAAAUGGAGCCAUGUGUGAAUAGUGAAUAAAGUUUUCUUAAUAAUUAAUAAUUUAUUUUAAUGGUUUUAUUAUUUUACAUAUCAACCAAAAUGCACACUUGCCCAACAUGAACUUACCUUGCAUGCCUUGCAGGUUAUAAAUGAGUUUAAAAUAGUACUGUUUUACAUGUACAGUAUAUUAGUGUGUAAGUUUUUAUUUUGAUACCAGCAUAGUUGGUGUGGUGUAUUUACAUUGUGUGUUCCACGUGUUAUUUUUGGUUGCACUGUGAGUAAGGGAGGUGUUUGGUUGGAUUGUCCAUCGGUGUUGAGCGUUCACGUGUAUGCAAAUAUGACACGUAAGGUUGGGUACAGAAUUCGGUACUUUUAUAGGCUGAGAUCAAAUUUCCGAUUCAGAUAAAAAUCAAAAGGUACCAUGUCUUAGUACCGAUCGUAAUUUCCGAUGUAUAAGACGCACCGGUUAAAUUUCUAGAGAAAAAAAGAUUUGUACAUAAGUCUGUCGUGAUAAUCAAUAAGUAGAUUAAUCGAAGAAAAAAAAAAAAGUCGAAUUGUGCCGCUCUCGAUAAAUUGACAUGUGCACGUAUGCGUGUGUGUUUCAUCUGCUCGUCUCUCUAAACCACACAGGCUGGAUGACAUGAGGGUUCACUUUGCAUCCGUCUGUGUGCAUUGGUUCUAUAGUGGAAUGAACGGAGAGAGUGAACCCUCCUGUGCUCUCAUUCAGCCUCUUUGUGGAGGCGGGGCUAUAGUGAGUGGAUAGAGAGUGCGAGCAGCAAGGUAGCAGCAAAUUAGCCUGGUGAGAAAGCCUAAGCUAACAUGAAUGAAGGCGCAGAAGUGAUGGUUUCUGAGGCGAAUGCCACAAUCGACAGCCCCAGUGAGGGAAUAUUUUGGUUUUAAACUUGCAUGCAACUUGUAUGCACACAUAAAACAGAACCAUCCAUUUCAGUGUUCCCAACUGGGAAAAAAAACUGGUGCAGCAGAGCCUUCGUCCCAACAUGCUCACUGAGGCGUUUGGUCGGUGAUGUAAAUGUAAAGAAAAUAACACAAAAUGGUGCUCUCUACAUUGCAAAAGAAAUGCAACCAUUCAAUAGGGUUAUAUGGCAUACAUUUUAUGCCAUAUAAUUCAUGAAAAAAUGGUCUCAAAAAAUGUUGUCAAUAGUAUUGACUAUUGAUGAUAAUUUUAACACAAUUAUCCAGCAGGAAAAUUUGUUAUUGUGACAGGCCUAACCACUGCUGCUUCCCAGGCCGCGGGUAUGGAUACCGUAUGAGUUGAAAUGUGAAAGGUACCCAUCCCUAAUGACAUGACAUUGCCUUGUGUUAUUCAUGCAGAAUAUUCAUUUAGUGUGAAUUUGACUAUGAUUCCAGUGUAUGAUGCACGUGAGUGGCUCCCAAAUGUGUCUAUUAUUACCACAUCACGUCGGCCCUUUCCAUCAUUUGUUUUGGAUCAACCCGAGCAAUUACUCCCACCGGUGAGCUCCAUCCGCUCCCUUGCUCCUCAUCAGUCGACAUCCAUAUCAUUUGAAGGCCGUCCCCGAGGACAGACACACACAAACAGCCUCUCGGGUUGUCGCUCUUAUGCGUGAAGGAACAAAAAAUAGAGGAUGGAGAGGUUCUGGUCUCCUAGCAACAGGAUUUUGGUGUUUUUUUAGAGUAGGAAUCCAACAAGUGAGUGUUUUUUGGAACAUCUCACUUAAGUCCAGUCCAUCAUGGAGACUAUUCCCAUCCCAAUGGGCUCCUCCAGAUAAGUUGCAGUAAAAGUAGUCAGGAAGUCGGGAGUAUUCCGCCCUGGAGAACAUCCACACCUUGACUUUUCCUGGCCAAUUUCUUGUGCGUUGUGUGAAGUCAUGGCAUGGCAACGACUCCCUCCCCCGGGUGGGACCUCGCAGUCUUAGCAGUAGCUCGCCGGCCCUCGCUCGCAUAACGAGUGGGAGGAUCUCUCGGGGAGCAAACUCUGGAAUGACGAUGGAGUCGAUGAAGAGCGGCGCCUCGCAGCCCGUCUACAGCCGCUGGUCGUACAGACCCUCCAGCUCCGCCAGCUUCUCGUCCAGCUCGACAGCGGCAAGUGGAUUUGAGGACCACAGCAGCAUCAUGCAGCAGAAGCUGGAAAAACAGAGGUCGCUGCUGGAGCAGAAGCAACGGAGGAAGCGCCAGGAACCCCACAUGGUCCAGCCCAACACCGAGGCCCGGCCGCGGCGCUCCCGCACACGGUGCAGCGAGGAGCAGGCCCCGCUGAUGGAGUCCCAUCUCAGCAACGCCGGCGACAUCGUCAUGGACGGCAUUGAUGGACCGGCGGUCUUUCUGGGACCCAAAACUCCUAAUAAGGGAACAAGAAUCCAAAUCACAUCAGUAAAGCAGGCCCAGGUGACGUCUCUGUCCCCGCUCAAGACCCAGCCCCCUCCCCCUCCUUCUCCUGCUUCAGUGGCAGAGGAACCAGAGAAGGACGGAGAGACAGAGAUGUUGCUGGAGCCCAAGACGGACAUCCAUGAACUCCUGCGAAAACAAGGGCUGUCCGGCAGCAUGAACUUUGACGAAUCCAGCGAGGACGAGGAAGCGCGUCCGCAAUCCCCGACCCCUAGCGUGGACGCCAUAAGGCCCGCGUCUGCCUCCAGUGCCAAGGACUCUUCCCAGGAAGUGGUAGCUGCCGGCUCGCCUUCUUCCCAGAGUUCAUCUCUGGAGGUGUCAAAUUUAGAAGAGUUUGUCCUGGUUCCGGCCCCACGCGGCACCACAGUAAAAUGCCGCAUCUCCCGUGACAAAAAGGGCAUGGACCGUGGCAUGUACCCCACAUACUACAUGCACAUGGAGAGGGAGGAUGGCAAGAAGGUGUUCUUGUUGGCAGGACGGAAAAGGAAGAAGAGUAAGACCUCCAACUACCUCAUCUCGGUAGAUGCCACCGAUCUCUCACGAGAGGGAGAGAGCUUUAUCGGCAAGCUGAGGUCCAACCUCAUUGGCACCAAAUUCACAGUGUACGACAACGGCACAAACCCCUGCAAAAACUUUGCAGAUUCACAGGAGGGCGUCAGCACUCGGCAGGAGCUGGCCGCCAUCUGCUACGAAACCAACGUGCUGGGAUUCAAGGGACCUCGCAAGAUGACCGUGAUCAUCCCGGGCAUGAGCCCCAACUUUGAGCGUGUGCCUGUGAGGCCCCACAACGAGCAGGAGAGCCUCCUGAACCGCUGGCAGAGCGGUCACUCCCUCAACAACCUGAUCGAGCUGCACAACAAGGCCCCCAUUUGGAACGACGACACGCAGUCAUUUGUGCUCAACUUCCAUGGGCGCGUCACUCAGGCUUCCAUCAAGAACUUCCAGAUAGUCCAUAACGACGACGCCGACUACAUCGUCAUGCAGUUUGGCCGUGUGGCCGAGGACAUCUUCACCCUGGACUACAACUACCCCUUGUGUGCCCUCCAGGCCUUCGCCAUUGGCCUGUCCAGCUUCGACAGUAAGCUGGCGUGCGAAUGAACCAUGAACCGGACGCUGCCGCCGCCUCCUCCGUCUCCUUCUCACGCAGCUCUCCUAAGCCAUGCUAGGGGACACGGGCGCAUCAUCAAGCGGAUGAAGUUAAGUUGUCACACUAAAGCCUAGGUCACAACCAUAUGUAUGAUUUUUGUUUUGGCUGUGUGACUUGUGGCCUCCCCUUUUUUUUUUGCUCGUGGAGAACGUAGUUGUGGUGACCAUGAAGGAGUAAGAUCACCCCGCACCCGACGUACAACCUGUAAAUCUGAGGCUGCUCGGAUGUAUGACUGUCGCUUCAUUCAUACCGCCAACACAUGUACGUUGUAAGACCAACGUCCGUGUACUGACCUGUGGGCUUUAUAUGAAGGUUGCAAGAACUACAUGCGAACUGUAUGUUGUGCGUACCAGUGAUGUAAGAUAUGUACAGGAAACAUGAUCAAUUCGGCACAUGCGCAAGACUACUUCAUUUCCUCCACUAGCAAUUUUUUACGACAGAGCUUCUGCGACAUCACGUGGCGUGGUAUUUAUUAAUUUUUUUCAAUUUAUGAACAUAAAAGAUAAAUAACCAUACAUGAGCUGUGUAAUAUAUUGGGGGUUCUUAUUAUAAGACUUGGCCAGCAUGUAGAUGGCCUUUAUUCACCAAGUGUGACCUCAUGCAACACAUGCACAGAUGCACUGCAGGCGUGUACGUCAUAUCUGCUCACAUAAAUAACAAUAUGCAUUGCAGCAGGAAUCAAAUCUAAAUAUAUAUUUACAUAUGUAUUACAAUAGACAUAGCAAAGAUGGGAAAGACAAAUAUAAACUGAUAAAUACAAUACAAAGAAAGCCGUGGGCACCCUUGCAGCUUUAUGCAUGCAUGGAAGACGUGCGAAAUAUCUGAGCAUGCGUUGGCUGCACUAAUUACGUAUGUGGGGUGCAGAGUCUGCAAGUGUGACGUAUGAAAAAAUGGGCUUUUUGUUCAAACCUGACACCAGCAAAACAUAUGAAACACACACGAUGGCCGUACGGACGACGCACAAAGAUGUACGAAAUGCUUAAGUUGUCUUGCAACCUGAAAAAAAUAACGUAAACACCCGCAAAGUUUGUUCGACAUGACAGAGAACCUCUGCGGCUCAGAAAUCAGCACAUCACACGCACGCCCUUCGUGGGUUUCCUGCGCUUUUUUUUCGGACGUAGGAGCCCGCACGACCGGUUGUGACCUAAGCUUAACUAACAAGGCUCACCCGUCAUUUAUCUGCAUCAGAGUCAACACUUCUUAACGUUGUGCUUUAUCGCUACUGUGUGAGGGUGAAAUUGAUCAAAAAAAGAGGUCAACAGUCCGAGACGCCUCACUCGCACCGUAACAUCAUUCGCCGAAAGAAGUACAUUACUGACUUUUUUUCCCUUGUGGCUUCAAUGACAGACUGGAAAUAAAAACUGCAUUAUAUUGCCUUUGAAAUGACACUAAUUUGCCUCUCAACUGGCCAAAAACAACAACAAAACCUUUUCAACAACAGCGACUUUAAUGUAGUCAAGAAUACAUUGUUCACAACAAUCCUUUUUUUGUUUUUCUAAUGUACCAGCAGCAUAUGAAAAUCCGUUUUAAAACUCAAAGCUCUCUGUGGUUUCAAGAGAGUUUUGUAUUUAACACACAUAAGAGGUCAGUAACGCCUCAUCAAACACAAGUACUUUUUCUAUCUCUGCCUUGAAAUAAAAACGUCUGGGACAUUUAAGUGCUUCACAGUAUUUUCUUUCCAA